AUGGUCAUGUACAUUCCACCACACCUACGGGGAAAUCAACAGUACAACCAGCCGCAGUAUCAGCAAGAAUACUACGGACAAUCUGACCACCCGCAGCCCAACUAUAGUGGAGGACCACCGAAUCAAAGAUACAACAGACACCCUAAAGAAAGCCACGUAGAAAUGUUAAUACCACACCAUCCAAAUGAUGCAGUGCGGGAAAUCCAGGAGGCUAAAAAAGAGCAGCGGGCGGCGUUGGAGAUGCUGACGAAACAACUCUCUCAAGUUGCAGUAUCGCUGGGCGAGUUGAAGGGGAAUGAAGCUACUAUGCAACCACCUGGUCAUGAGAAUAUUAGUGAAGUAUCCCUGCGGUCAGGAAGGGUCUACCAAGGCCCCAACCAUCCUGCGAUAUCUCCACCAACUGUUUCUGAACCAAGCCGUGAGGAAGAGGGAGAAUCCAGCAGAGGUGGUCAAGUGGAAGAAAAAUGCAAGGAAAGGGUUGGAGGAGAAGCCUCAGAAGAAACUCAGAAGGAAGAAACUGAAAGGGUUAAGCCCUAUCCGUACCGCGGAAUGGUGACGAGGAAAAGGGAUGCCACAAUCGACGUGGCAAGCAUGUUCAAGGACAUGGAUGUGAAGGUACCACUCUUAACGGCGUUAAAAAUGCCCCCGAUCAGUAAGUUCAUUAAAGACUACCUAGCAGGGAAGGUCAAUGAGGAAUGGAGACUAAUUACAGAUGAGAACGUCUCUGCUGUAAUCCAAAAAAGCGAUAUCCCCUCCAAGAAAACUGAUCCUGGAAUGUUCACGCUUUCAAUUUCAAUCGUAGACAUUCAGGUAGAGCACGCCAUGUGCGACUUGGGGGAAUCUAUCAAUGUUCUGCCAUACUCCAUCUACUGGAAGCUGGGAGAGGCCAAGCUAGUCGACACGGAUAUAAUGAUACAGUUGGCCGACAGAUCAUGUAUUCACCCCGACAGAUCAUGUAUACCCAGCUAA